AAAUUCAGUCAAAAAGGUAGACUUAAAACAAAAAGUAGACUUAAAAGCAAAUAUAAAGAGCAAUGAAGAUGGUUUUUCUCAAACUUUUGAUUUAGAAAUAAUUGAAUGCUUCAAAAUGUUUGAUAUAAGUGGAUCAGGAAUGAUAAUUGCAAAUGACUUGCUUGUAGCAAUAUCAGAAUUCGGUUUCAAAUUCUCACGUGAUGAUAUUGACAUUUUAAUGGAGGAGAUUGAUGUGGUUGGAUUAGGUGGAAUAACUUUGGACAACUUUAAAGAUACAGUUAGAAGAGUCCUUAUGGAAAGACCAACUGAAAUUGAAUUAGAAAGCGUUUUUAACUUUAUUGAUAAAAGUAACGAUGGGUACGUGUCUUCUGUUGACCUUCAGCUAGCGUUCAGACAUUGUGGGGAAAUGUAUACCGCAGAUGAAUGCUUAAAAUUUAUAGAAGAAUGCAGCAACAGGGAAAAAGGAUUGUUUACAUUAGAAGAGUUUAAAGAUUACUGCAAGAAAGUAUUUCAAGAUGGUAACAAUCAAAUAACUGAUGAUAAGUUGCUAACCGACAACGAAGAAGAGCUUUUAAUUGCUGAACAAGAACUAAUGCAAAAAAUCUGAAUUUUUCUGAUUACAACGUAGUUUACUUGGAAUAAUUGAAUUUGUGAAAAUAAUUUCAUAUGUUUGUUUUAAAAAUUACUUUUAUUAUUUAUUAAA